AUGCCUCACGCCACUGAGACAUUGAACUCAUCGACUGGUGGUGCCUUGUCAUUGCCUAUUCCAAUUCCUAGUUCGAUCUCGAACAGUCUGUACAAUCGUAAUAUCACCUCCACUUUAGUAACCGAACCGUCCGUGUCUUCUCACAACUCAUACUCGGAUUACGUACACAAUUCUGUAACGUGCUCGGCUGAUGAUAAUUCGAGUACCGUACAUGAUCAAGAUUUAUACGUUGGCUGCUCUUCGGACGGUGCCAGUUUUAUUUCUCCUUCGUCUGAUUCUAAUUUGAGAACCUUCGAAGUUAAUCAUUGUCGUGAUAAUCUGUGCUGUAACAUGGAUCACAGAAACUUGCACGAUCUUUUGCAGCAUGUUGAUACUAAUCACCCGAGAUUAAAAGUGGUUGAUGGUGCUAUUUAUCCAUUUGAGACAAGUACAGUGUACACUCAAUACAAUGGUUUUCCCACUUUUAAUGCAUCUCCUAUUGGUUUCGUACAUUCUGUGGUGAAUUCUUCUCCUCAUAGUCCUCAAAAUGAAUCAAAGCCCAAUAUUAACAUGUCUGAUGAUAAUUUUCAUGCCUAUAUAAAUGAUAUUCCUCCAUCUGUCAUGGGUAAACAAAAAUGGGGCUCUCACAAUCUUGGACAAGGAAAUGGUUCACAAGAUGAUAAAUCUUGCGAAUCUGACACAGAUUUGCAUUUGACAUGGCUAUACGAAAAUAAAAACGCGUUAAAUCCUUCAAAUUUUAGUGUUUCUGAGUCAACAUAUAUUCGUGAUCAUACUUCUUCAAAUUCCUCUUCAAUAUCUACAAGCUACAAUUCCUCUCCACACGCUUUCCAAAUGAACGCAGAUCAAGAUCCAUUAUUAUCUGCUGUUCAAUCUCCAUUAAUGUCUUAUCCUCCCACCCCUGUUGAUGCUACUGAUUCUUCAACAUUUUUGCGUUCUGCUACAUCCUCACCUACAAAUUUAGGAGAUUUUUCUGCAUUCAUCUCAAUUUUGGACAAUCAGUCAUCAAUUUUAACUUCUUCCCCACCACCAUCAUCUACGACUGUUCCUACUAAUACAAAUAAUAAUAGGCAACAAAAUUCUUCUAUUAUAACUAAAUCAAAUGAUACGAAAACUUCGUUGAAUAAUUAUACUUCAUUUAACAUUCCGGACUUUACUCCUUAUGUAUCUCGGCUAAAUGGUCAUGUUAGGUCACAAACGACGCCGCCUUCUUCAAUCACAAAUUCUCAAUCUGGCCAAUGUCGUCGGCGUUCAUCAACCACAAACAUUAAUUCUAAUGGAUCUGACACAAAUUCUUCUCAACAAAAUUCUUAUGCAUCAAGAUCAUCACCAAAUAUUAAUGGUGAUAAAUCUAAUAAUAAAUCUACAAUUUCUAAUCAGAGGCGUGCAUCUUCCUCUUUAGAAGAUUCUAAUUUGUUAGUCCAUCAGCAAAGCUCUUUCAUGUCAAUUGGUUCAGAUCCAGAUUUUUCUCAACCUGGUACUUCAACUAUUGUAGUUACUCGUGAUCAACAUAGGCAAUUACCUUCAUCUCCUACUGUUGAUCCUAAUUUAUUGGUUGAGAUGAACGACUUUAUGUCAACAAGUACAAAUUAUUUACAAGGGAAUGCUACUUCUCCCAUUGGCUCUCUCCCACGACCGUCUUCGGACUCUAAGAACUACAUGAUUGUUCAAAAUAAUUCAUCAACAAAUAAUGCACGUAGUCCUUGUGCAUCCGGUUCAUUACCCCCCGUUACUACCUCACCGUAUUCAGCCGACAGUUAUCACAUGGUAGGGUUCGUAUCUUCCGGUUUGACAAAUUCUGGAUUAGUUUCGUCUUUCGUAAAAAUCCGUCCAAAAACUAGUAAUGGCAUGGUCGCGAUGUCGGAUGUUUAUGCUGACCCUGCUUUAACUUCCCCUGACGGAUUUUCUCAAGGAAAAAAAUUUUCAAAGAAACGAACUAUAUCGGCAGAUACAAGAACGUGCAAACGUCGUUCAUUAGAGACUUCUAAUAUUUCCUCAGUUACUGUUUUAACAUCUGAUGUAUCUUUGAUAACUGAAACAAACGGCGGUUUAAGUUCAGAUGAUGUAGACAAUCAUCCAUAUAGGUGCCCCGUGCCCGAUUGUACAAAGGCAUAUAAAAAUGCCAAUGGCCUAAAAUACCACAACGAGCAUGGACACACUAGCAACGAUGGCGCUCGACAAAAGCCUUGGCCAUGCCGCGUAGAAAAUUGUCACAAAGCAUAUGGUAGUAAAGGGGGUCUUAUUUAUCAUGUUAAUCGCAACCAUCCAAAUGAUUUAUGGGCUUUACCUUAA